UCAGAUUCCAAGAAAUACAUUGAAUGAGAAUUGUUGGAAAAUGUACAUGCCUUUUAAUCUUCCCAUGAAACUUAAAUAAAUUAUGCAUUCACUCUCUUCACUAUUAAACCUUUCUAUAAAUAGUGGUUAACGUCAGUGCAAAAUUGUACGAAGAUCAAUUAAUGGCCUCAAACAAAUAUGUGAUUUCAUUCUCAGGCGUUAGAAUUGAAACGACGGUAACGGACAAGGCAGCCAGCGUCACCAACUGGGUGCAGGAAGUGCUUUCCAUGUACGGUGGACAAAGUAUCAUAGUCGGCCUGGACUGCGAGUGGAAGCCCAACUCCUACGCCUUGGAGAACAACAAAAUUGCAACACUCCAGCUCUGCGCGGACACCAAGUGUCUCAUCCUCCAACUCUUUUACUUGGAUUUCAUUCCUCAGUCCCUCAAGAAUUUCUUGGUUCAUCCCAGUGUCACGUUUGUUGGAGUUGGAGUUGAGGAUGAUGCGUACAAGCUUCAGAAAGAGUAUGGGCUGGUUUGCCCUGCUGUGACUGACAUUCAAGAAAUGGCUAUGGCAAGUCACCCAUUGGAAUUCAUUCGUAGGCCGGGGCUGAAGGACCUGGCUAGCUGGUUUGUGGGGCUUAACAUGGCUAAGCCCAUUCAUGUUUGUCGGAGCAAUUGGGAAGCUAGGAACUUGAGUCUGGACCAGAUUGAGUAUGCUUGUAUUGAUGCUUAUGCUUCUUACAGGAUUGGCCGUAAGCUUCUCAAUGGACGUUGAUUACCGAUGUUUGUUUAUGUUCUAAUUCUCUAUCUUUUCUGCUUGUUUGGCUGAAUGAUAAGAAAGGAAAUGGAGUAAUUUUAAGAUAUUAUUUUCGUGUUUCUUAUAAUGAUUUAUUUAGAAAAUAAUUGGAAUCUAGACAAAAGGAACAUCAAAUACUAUCCAGGUUGGGCCUAUGGGAAUAUUGGACCGUUGUUCAUUUCGGUGACCCCAUACGUUUGU